UUUAAUAUGAAAACGUCGUCGUAACGUAGACUCACUUUUGAAAACCCAUUGGCCCCUUUGUUAGAGAGAGAGAGAGAGAGAGAGAGAGAGCAUAAGGCAUUAGCUCGGCUCGGUUGGUCUUUCUUCUUCUUCUUCUUCUUUCUUCUUCUUUCUGUUCUUUGUGCCAAAAAAAGAUGUGGGCAAGUGCAGAAGGAGGAGCUCCAGAGGUCACUCUCGAGACUUCAAUGGGUGCUUUCACAAUCGAGCUCUAUUACAAACAUUCCCCCAGAACUUGCAGAAACUUCCUUGAGCUUUCUCGUAGAGGCUAUUACGACAAUGUCAAAUUCCACCGAAUUAUCAAGGAUUUUAUAGUGCAAGGUGGGGAUCCCACGGGAACAGGAAGAGGUGGGGAAUCUAUUUAUGGUUCAAAGUUUGAGGAUGAAAUAAAACCCGAGCUGAAGCAUACUGGAGCUGGAAUUUUAUCCAUGGCUAAUGCUGGUCCCAAUACUAAUGGAAGUCAAUUCUUCAUUACACUUGCUCCUUGCCCUUCUUUGGAUGGAAAACACACAAUAUUUGGAAGAGUAUGUAAAGGGAUGGAAAUCAUCAAAAGACUUGGAAGUGUCCAAACUGAUAAUACUGAUAGACCCGUUCAAGAAGUAAAGAUUCUAAGGACGUCAGUCAAAGAUUAGGGACAUGUAACUGUUAUCAACCUUCAUUACCUGCUUCUGAAACAUUCCAGCUUCUGGGUUCUGUUCCUUGAACAAUUUUGUUUUAUGUUAAAAACCUUGUAAUGUGUUUGCUUUUUAGUUCUUAGUCGUAGUAUUGUGUUAAUAUAGGAAAAGGGAAAUUUAUCCCCAUGACCCUCUGUUUCAUUAAAUUAAAAUAUGUUAUGAACUCUGUUG